AUGUUUCAAUUGUCAUUUAAUCAUGUGUUGAUACUAUCAGUGGUAUUAAGAAUUGGAUUCUUCUUAUUUGGAUUGUAUCAAGAUAAGUAUAUGACGGUGAAAUAUACUGAUAUUGAUUAUGUUGUGUUUUCAGAUGCAGCAUGUUAUGUAUACAAUGGUGAGUCGCCAUAUAAAAGAGAAACUUAUAGAUACACUCCAUUAUUAUCAUGGAUAUUGACUCCUAACUGUUGGAGUGAACAAACAUAUAGUUUUGGGAAAUUCAUAUUCAUGUUCAGUGAUUUAAUUACUGGUUAUAUCAUUAGUAAAUUACUUCAAAUCUCAAAGACAAGUAAAAUCAGUCAUUCAAAAGCAUUAAUACUAUCUUCCAUAUGGUUAUUGAAUCCAAUGGUGAUUACAAUUAGUACCAGAGGUUCAUCUGAAAGUGUAUUGACUGUGAUGAUAAUGGCAUCUGUCUACUUUUUAAUGAAGGAUAAUAUUUUCAUAUCAGCAUUAUGGAUGGGUUUAGCUAUUCAUUUUAAGAUCUAUCCCAUCAUCUAUUUAACAGCUAUUGCUUACUAUUUGUCGAAUAAAUCGAAACCAUUUAUAAAUAUCCCUAUCCUUAAUCUCUUAAAUGUUAAGAAUAUUCAAUUUAUAUUGGUAUCACUUUCAGUAUUCAGUAUCUUAAAUGCGAUGAUGUAUUACUUUUAUGGAUAUGAAUUCUUAUUUGAAAGUUAUUUAUAUCACUUAGUAAGAAUCGAUCACAGACAUAAUUUUUCCAUCUAUAAUGUCUUACUAUACUAUAAGUCAUCCAUAACCACCCCACCUUCAUUCCAAGAUAUUGAAAAAUUUGCAUUCAUUCCUCAAUUAUUCAUCUCCGCUGUAGCGAUUCCAUUAGUAUUCGCUCAACGUGAUAUCAUCUCAUCCCUAUUCUUACAAACAUUUGCCUUUGUGACUUUCAAUAAAGUCAUUACUUCUCAAUAUUUCAUAUGGUUCUUAAUCUUCUUACCACACUUUUUAUCUCAAUCUUCAUUAACUAGUAAGAAAUUUGCAGCAAAAGGGAUAUUUCUUCUUAUAUUAUGGAUAAUUUCUCAAGGUCUGUGGCUUUAUUUCGCAUAUCAAUUGGAAUUCUUAGGAAUAAGUACAUUCGAUCAUGGAUUAUUCUAUGCUUCAAUCUUCUUCUUCCUCUCUAAUUGUUAUAUCUUAGGACAAUUCAUAAAUAGUUUAUAG